CCCAGAUGGACCCGUCGUCGCCGCCGUUCCUGCUGGCCAAGCUGACCCCCCUGCACUCGGAGCAGCUCCUGCAGGGCCUCAACCUGCUGCGGCAGCAGCGCGAGCUGUGCGACGUCGUGCUGCGCGUGGGCGAGGCCAAGAUCCACGCUCACAAGGUGGUGCUGGCCAGCAUCAGCCCCUACUUCAAGGCCAUGUUCACCGGGAACCUGUCGGAGAAGGAGAACGCCGAGGUGGAGUUCCAGUGCGUGGACGAGGCGGCGCUGCGGGCCAUCGUGGAGUACGCCUACACCGGCAGCGUCUUCAUCUCGCAGGACACCGUGGAGUCGCUGCUGCCCGCCGCCAAUCUGCUGCAGGUCAAGCUGGUGCUCAAGGAGUGCUGCGCCUUCCUGGAGAGCCAGCUGGAGCCCGGCAACUGCAUCGGCAUCUCGCGCUUCGCCGAGACCUACGGCUGCCGCGAGCUCUACCUGGCCGCCGGCAAGUUCAUCUGCCGCAACUUCGAGGACGUGUGCCGCACCGAGGAGUUCCUGGAGCUGACGCACUCGGAGCUGGACGAGAUCGUGUCCAACGACUGCCUGAAUGUGGUGUCGGAGGAGACGGUGUUCCACGCCCUGGAGUCCUGGAUCAAGUACGACGUGCGGGAGCGCCAGAAGUACCUGGCGCAGCUGCUGCACUGCGUGCGCCUGCCCCUGCUCAGCGUCAAGUUCCUCACGCGGCUCUACGAGGCCAACCACCUGAUCAGGGACGACCACACCUGCAAGCACCUGCUCAACGAGGCCCUCAAGUACCACUUCAUGCCCGAGCACAGACUGUCGCACCAGAGCGUGCUGCUGACGCGGCCCCGCUGCGCGCCCAAGGUGCUCUGCGCCGUGGGGGGCAAGGCCGGGCUCUUCGCCUGCCUGGAGAGCAUGGAGAUGUAUUUCCCCCAGAACGACUCGUGGAUCGGGCUGGCCCCUCUGAGCAUCCCCCGCUACGAGUUCGGCAUCUGCGUGCUGGAGCAGAAGAUCUACGUGCUGGGGGGCAUCGCCACGCACGUGUGCCAGGGCAUCAGCUACAGGAAGCACGAGAGCUCCGUGGAGUGCUGGGACCCCGACACCAACACCUGGAGCUCCCUGGAGAGGAUGUUCGAGAGCCGCAGCACGCUGGGCACGGCCGUGCUGGCCGGGGAGCUCUACGCCCUGGGCGGCUACGACGGCCAGUCCUACCUGAGGAGCGUGGAGAAGUACAUCCCCAAGGUCAAGGAGUGGCAGCUGGUGGCCCCCAUGAGCAGGACGCGGAGCUGCUUCGCCGCCGCCGUGCUGGACGGGAUGAUCUACGCCAUCGGGGGCUACGGGCCCGCCCACAUGAACAGCAUGGAGCGCUACGAUCCGAGCAAGAACUCGUGGGAGACCGUGGCCUCCAUGGCUGACAAACGGAUAAACUUUGGGGUGGGGGUCAUGCUGGGCUUCAUCUUCGUGGUGGGGGGGCACAAUGGGGUGUCCCACCUGUCCAGCAUCGAGAGGUACGACCCCCACCAGAACCAGUGGACGGUGUGCCGGCCCAUGAAGGAGCCCCGGACAGGCGUGGGGGCGGCGGUGAUCGACGACCACCUGUACGUGGUGGGAGGGCACUCGGGCUCGUCCUACCUGAACACGGUGCAGAGGUACGAGCCCAUCUCGGACUCGUGGCUGGACUCGGCGGGGAUGAUGUACUGCCGCUGCAACUUCGGCCUCACGGCGCUCUGAGCUCGGCCAGCGGGCGCUGCGGCUCAGCUCUGCUGGCUGGGCUCUGCUGGGCUGGGCUCUGCUGGGCUGGGCUCUGCUGGGCUCAGCUCGGCAUGACUCGACUUGGCUCAGCUCAGCUCGGCUUGGUUGGGCUCAGUUUGGCUCAAUUUGGAUCGGCUCUGGUGGGCUGGGCUCGGCUGGGCUCAGCUUGGUUGGGCUCAGUUUGGCUCGAUUGGGCUCGGCUCGGCUGGGCUCGGCUUGGUUGGGCUCAGUUUGGCUCAGUUGGGCUUGGCUCGGCUGGGCUCUCCUCGGUUGGGCUCGGUUUGGCUCAGCUCGGCUCGGUUGGGCUCAGCUCGGCUGGGCUCAGUUUGGCUCAGCUCGGCUCAGUUGGGCUCAGCUCGGCUGGGCUCGGUUUGGCUCAGCUCUGCUCGGUUGGGCUCAGCUUGGCUGGGCUCGGUUGGGCUCAGCUCGGCUCAGUUGGGCUCAGCUCGGCUCGGUUGGGCUCAGCUCGGCUGGGCUCGGUUUGGCUCAGCUCGGCUGGGCUCGGUUUGGCUCAGCUCGGCUCAGUUGGGCUCAGCUCGGCUGGGCUCGGUUUGGCUCAGCUCGGCUCAGUUGGGCUCAGCUUGGCUGGGCCCGCCAAGGCUCGGCUCGGUUGGGCUCGGCUCGGCUCGGCAGGGCUCUGCUCGGCUCGGCUCAGCCAGGCCUGGCUCAGCACGCCCCACUGGUGGCAGGGGUUUAAGACAGAGCCGGGAUCGAACACGGCUGAGGUCUGUCCGUCGGAGCCGUGCGGAGUUUCGCCUCUGGCUGCUCCGGACCCGGAGCUCCCUGCGCCGGGCUGAGCGCAGCGCCGCCGGCCCCGGCUGCGUCCGCACGCACGCGGGGAGAGCGCCGGUGCUGCACCGGGGGUUUUUUAAUGACCAAGGGCUGCCUUGUUUCUGUAUCUCAAGGUUUGUACAUAAUAAAUG